CGCAGCCUCCCGCGGCCUCCCCGCCCGGCGCAGCCUCCCGCGGCCUUCCCGCCGCCGCUGUCGCCCGGGCCGGCCAUGGCGCUCAACAAUUUCCUUUUCGCUCAGUGCGCCUGCUACUUCUUGGCCUUCCUGUUCAGCUUCGUGGUGGUGAUCCCGCUGUCCGAGAACGGCCACGACUUCCGCGGCCGCUGCCUGCUCUUCACCGAGGGCAUGUGGCUGAGCGCCAACCUCACGGUGCAGGAGCGCGAGCGCUUCACGGUGCAGGAGUGGGGCCCGCCGGCCGCCUGCCGCUUCAGCCUGCUCGCCAGCCUCCUGUCUCUGCUGCUGGCCGCCGCGCACGCCUGGCGCACGCUCUUCUUCCUCUGCAAGGGACACGAGGGCUCCUUCUUCUCCGCCUUCCUGAACCUCCUGGUCAGCGCCUUCGUGGUCUUCCUGGUCUUCAUUGCCAGCACCAUCGUGAGCGUGGGCUUCACCAUGUGGUGCGACACCAUCACCGAGAAGGGCACCGUACCCCACAGCUGUGAAGAGCUCCAGGACAUCGACUUGGAGCUGGGCGUGGACAACUCCGCCUUCUACGAUCAGUUUGCAAUUGCCCAGUUUGGCCUCUGGGCCUCAUGGCUGGCCUGGCUGGCCAUCACCACGCUCGCCUUCCUGAAGGUCUACCACAACUACCGUCAGGAGGACCUGCUGGACAGCCUGAUCCACGAGAAGGAGCUGCUGCUGGCCCGGCCGUCCCCACGCACCUCCUUCCAAGAGGAGAAGAGCGCUGUCAUUUAGGCACAGUGCAGGCAGGGGGAGCUGGCCCCGACCUCCCUGCUGCGCUCGGGGGCACGGGCCUGCCUGGGGAAGCAGCUGGGGGGCUCUGCCUGGGCCCUGGCCACAUGCAGCCCUGCGUGUGUCCCCUCGACACCACGUGUAGUGAGGUGAGCGCCCCAGUGCCCACCUGUGAGCCUAGCAGUGGACUGGGUGGGUGCCGGCUCCCUGAUGAGGAUGGUGCAGAGAGACUAUGGGUGUGGGGCGGGGGCGGGGGGCACCUCCAGGCCUCGCACAGGGCCCCUUGGCUGUCCCAGUAGGACCUGACUGGCCAGCCUAUGUGGAGGGCAUCCAGCUUGUCUCCCCCAACCCUGGCCGGAUGCUGUCUCCAUGCCAGCUGGCCCAGGGGUGGCCAGACGUCACUCAGCCCUGAACGAAUUCUGCAUGAAUUCUGCCAUCCAGGCAGAGGCUGCGUGUGGGGAGGAGCUCACGGCACCUUCCAGCCUCUGGCCCCAGGUUGGCCCCCUCCCCAGCUGAGUCCCCCUCCUGGGUGGGUGCCAUAGGCCUGGGAGACCCUGUGGCCGGGCUCAGGGAGGCUUCUGAGGCCUGUGAGUUUACCUCACUGUGUGUGGGUCCUGUCUGUGCUUGGCUGAGGGUCAGGGAAGUGGUAAUCUGAGCUCCACAGAAUUGGGGGCAUCAUCUGGUUGGGGAUUUCGGGGGCACACGUACCACAUAGAGGACUGGGCCAGGAGCCAUGGCAGGGGUCUGUGUGUGGGUGAGUAUGGGAGGAUGUGAUUGUGAGUGCCUUUGUGCAUGGGAGGGUGUGAUUGUGUAUAUGAGUGCAUGAGAGGAUGUGACUGAGUGUGCAUGUGUGGGUGUGACAGUGCAGGUGUGACUGUGCAUGUGAAGGUGUCACUGAGUGUGCACGAGAGGGUGUGACUGCAUGUGAGAGUGAAUGUGUGACUGCAUGUGCAGGUGUGACUGCAUGGGAGGAUAUGAGUGCAUGAGUGUGCAUGUGAGGGUGUGACUGAGUGUGCAUGUGAGGUGUGACUGCAUAUGAGGGUGUGACUGUGAGUGCAUGUGUGGGUGUGACAGUGCAGGUGUGACUGUGUGCAUGUGAAGGUGUGACUGAGUGCAUGAGAGUGUGACUGCAUGUGAGAGUGAAUGUGUGACUGCACGUGCGAGUGACUGCAUGGGAGGAUGUGAGUGUGCAUGAGUGUGCAUGUGAGGGUGUGACUGCAUAUGAGGGUGUGACUGAGUGCACGUAUGGGUGUGACAGUGCAGGUGUGACUGUGUGCAUGUGCAGGUGUGACUGCAUGAGAGUGUGACUGUGUGCAUGUGAGAGUGAAUGUGUGACUGCCCGUGCGAGUGACUGCAUGGGAGGAUGUGAGUGUGCAUGAGUGUGCAUAUGGGUGUGACUGCAUGUGAGGGUGUGACUGUUGUGCGUGUGAAGGCUUGAUUGUGAGUGUGCCUGGGAGGAUGUGAGUGUGAGGGUGUGACUACCUGUGACAUGACUGUGCAUGUAUGUGAGUGUGAGGAGGAGUGUGUAGGUGUGAGUGUCUAGGCAGGUGUGUCUGCAGUGUGUGCAGCAUGUGCGUAAGUGCAUGUGAAUGUGCGUGUGUUGCAUGUGAGCAUGUGCACGCCUGUGCGUGUGAGCAUUGUGUGCGUGAUGGGAGCC